ACAUUUUCAUUUCUCGGCACACUGUUCUCUCUCCUCCCGGAUCAAAACGCAGCGUUUCAACCCUCCAGAGCUCCACCGCCGCCGAUCACCAGAGAAAGGGAACAAUGGCGAGUUCUAGUUCCCCCAAUUCUUCUGUCCGUGUCAUCAAGAAAUAUGCAGUGGAGGGUCUUAAGGACAAGGCCUUGGAAGAACACUUGAACAUGAUUCGGGACAAAGACUCCCUUCACAAAUAUGGGGCAAAGCUGUACAAAUCUAUAGCAAAAUUCGCCAUCGUUGAUGAAGCCCUAGAGCAGCUAAUUAAGGUUCACUCUGAGCCGCCCACCCGCACUAUGGUCAUUGGGAACAAUCAAGUAAUGUCAUACACUUGUUCUCGCAAUUCUUCUGCCGAUGACCUCAAGAAACAUGCAAUGGAGGUUUUCAAGGAUGCGACCAAAGAUUGUGAGGACAAGGACAUCAAAGAAAAAUUUGACAUGAUUCAGGACUACAGUUCCCUUGAGAAAUCUGCGUUUAUGUUCUUCAAUUCUAUGGUGAAUUCUGGCUUCCUUGACGAAGCUGAAGAGCUCCUUAAGAAGGCCAUACUGCCCGUUGUGGCGGUCCACACCUAUGUCAUUGGGGUUGGGGUCGCUGCCGGCAAUACCAAUGCUGCUCUCAAGGCCUUUCAGCACAUGUCAGCCUCUGGGGUUGCUCCAAACUCCUAUACUUAUGCAGUUUUGAUCAAGGGACUCACUGCUGACCCCAACUACUGUGGAGAUGCCAAGAAGUUCUUGCUUGAGAUGAUGGACAAGGCUAUGAGGCCCAAUGCUGCUACCUACACUGCUGUGAUAGAGGGUUUUGCAAUGCAGGAGGACAAGGCAGCUGAGGAGGAGGGCAAACAGGUGGUGGAGUUGAUGAUGCAUAAGGGGUUUGUGCCAAAUGCAAAGGCUAUGAUGGAAGUUCUAAAGGGAAGGCCAAAACCUUUAAUUAGAAGGGUUAUCAACAUUGCGCUUUCCAAGUUGAAGGGCUGAUGCUUUGCUUAAUCGAUGUAAUGCCAGCAGCUUUAGGAUUAGGGUGUUUAAGAUAUGGGGUAGCUAGUGACCAUAGGAAAUCGUGUAGGCUUGAGUUUCAGUAGGGGGAUUUGCUGCUAUUCACUUUCAUUGUGAAUGCGACAUUGGAGUAGUGUGAGUGCUGACAUUGAAUUUGAAAUCAUGUAGGAUUGGUUUUCAAUAUGGGAUAUGGACAUAUGCUGCUGUUCUCUUUGAUUUUGAAUGAUGACAUCUAAGUAUUUUGCAGUGUGCUAAUUCCUUUAAUAUCUGUUU